AAUCCAUGAACCUCGUGGGAAACUAAAUAAACUGCAGACUUGAACUUGACUUGAACUUGACUUGGCUUGACUCGAACUUGGACUUGGACCUGACUUCAUGAACUCGAACAAGAUCAUUUCUACGACCCUCAUUCGCUCAUUCCUUCCUUCUCACCUGCGUUCAUAUUCAUCACCAUCUCUACUCAGUGGCCCAUCUCCCUUGGUCUGUUUCUCUCCACUUCACUUUACAUCACCUUCAACAUCGCCUUUUUCCUCUUCUUGGUCAUCAUCACUACAACCACAGCAACAACGGCCCAUCUUUGACUUCUCAACCCACGUUCCCUUCAGUCCCAUGAACAUCCUCGUUUACUCUGGUGAUGGAGUCUCAAGAACCUCUCUCACCCAUACUGUCCACAAUCUACGCUAUCUCGUCGGACAGCACUACGAUGUCAUGAAGAUCGAUGCUCAGGGACUGGAGACUGAACCUUGGGAAGAAUCCACUUCGUUAUUAGUCAUCCCCGGAGGGCGAGAUCUUCCCUUUGUCCGAGAUCUUAGUGGACCUAUCAACAAGAGGAUUCGGAAUUAUGUUCAUUCAGGCGGAAGGUUUUUUGGGAUCUGUGCAGGCGCUUACUAUGGAGCUGAUCGUAUCACAUUCGAGUCGGGUUCACCUUUACAUGUUGAAGGAGCUAGGGAACUAAAAUUCUUCCCUGGGGAAUGUAGGGGCGCAGUUUAUCCAGGAUUCGUCUAUGAAUCUGAAAAGGGAGCCAAUGCAGUCAGCAUUUGGCUCAACAAGGAAGUGUUUGCUCAGGACCAGCUUGGGUUUGAAGAGGUCAAGGUGUACUUCAACGGAGGAGGUUAUUUUGUGGAUGCAGACAAAUGUCCAGGAACGCAGAUCCUAGCGUGGUACCAAAGUGAGCAGGGACAGAUCGAUCAUCAUUCCACAACACCCAAGGCUGCUAUGGUAGCAUGUCAAGUUGGUCAGGGUUUGGCUGUCUUGACAGGAGUUCACCCUGAAUAUGACGCUUCUCGCCUAGAUCCUCGGAACCCAGAUUAUGGGCCUCAGCCUAAUGUAGUAACACGGCUCAUGGAAAGAGAGCAUGAACGGCGGAUCUUUCUGAGGAGUGUUUUGGCCAAGAUGGGACUAAAAGUGUCUCAGCCAGAGCCAACAAACAUAACGACAGUAACAUCAGCACCGAAUGGGUCAGCACUACCAUCUGGGAUGUGCCAGAGUGGUGUCCCUGCUAUCACAUCACUUUACCUUACUUCGAUAGACCCGUCCUACACUGCAGAGCUUUCAAGGAUACUCUCCAGACUUGCUAAUGCAGAAGGUCAGAUCCAGGAGGCCAAUGAUACAUUUCAAUUGGUACCAUCGCCCCACCAUCCAGUCCCAGUGCAUACCCUGACUACUAUUGAGACGGAAGAAGGCGAAGCAGAGGAAAAGAUCACAAAGAACAUUGUUCUCUGUCCUGAUGAACCACCCCCUACAGCUUUGACGCCAGAAUUCGACAUGGGUCGCUAUUUUAGGCACUUGCGACAGGUUCGGCAACAGAUCAAUGAGACUGAGACACAAAUGGGUCAUUAUUCACAGAGAAGCCCAUUCAGCAGCAGAGACAAUGAAUACACGUUUGGGAACAGUCUAAUGUACGGCCAAGUGGUUACAUCAACACAGACGAUGCUUGACAAGAACUUUUCCCUCUGUCAAGAACUUCCAGAUGGGUUUGUAUGCAAUGCAACAAUCCAAGUGUCAGGACGGGGACGCGGACGAAAUUCAUGGAUAUCUCCACCUGGAUGUUUACAAUUCUCUCUGACUCUACGACAUCCUGUUCAAGCUGGUCAAAAUGCAUCGGCUGUAUUUAUACAAUAUCUGAUGGCAUUAGCUGUGGUGGAGGGGGUAUGCUCGAUGCCAGGAUACGAGGAUCUACCACUAAGGCUAAAAUGGCCUAACGAUAUUUAUGCUGAAGCACCGUUGGAGCACCCCUCCCAGAUCUACUCCCAAUCUUUUGCAGCAACCGGAGGAGGAAGACCUAAAAUGAUCAAGAUCGGUGGUAUUCUUGUUAAUUCAAACUUUAAUGGCUCUGAAUUCCUACUUGUCAUUGGAUGUGGGGUUAAUACUACGAAUCCGAACCCAACGACGUCCAUCAAUCAUCUCAUUCGAUACCACAAUAAGAUCACAGGCAAGGAUCUGGCACUCCUUUCACAAGAAACAGUGUUAGCACAGGUGUUGGUCAAAUUUGAACAACUCUACAAACAGUUUUUAGGAAGGAAUGGACAAGGAGGGUUCCAACAGUUUGAAGAGAUGUAUUACAAGCGAUGGUUACAUUCGGAUGCGAUUGUGACGUUGACGACAUUGAGUCCUCAUAAGCGGGUACGGAUCAAGGGCAUCACUUUGGAUUUUGGACUCUUGAGGACAGUGAAGGUGGAUGAUCAAGGGAGGGAUAUCCCGGGAGAGAAGGAAUAUCAUCUUCAACCGGAUGGCAAUAGUUUUGACAUGCUCAAAGGACUCAUCUCACAGAAAUCAUAAAGAAAGAGAAAAAAGACAUGGAUUAUUUAGACCUAUAUCAAUAAUGACAGCAAUACUAUAUAAUAAAAGAG